AUGACAUUGGAGGAGAUAAACCAUCUAUUUGCACAAUCCGGCGUGUCUGCUCAGCACGUUGCUCAGCACAUCCAAAAGGAGCGCAGGGGGGGCCGCCUUGUAAGAGAAAACGGUCACGAAAUUCGACUCGUUCCCCCAAAGAAACUUCUGAAGACGCGGAGGGAAAGUUCAAACAUUCAGUUGCUCAGCGCGGUAUAG